CUCUUCCGCGCCUGUGCCCGGCUCCCUAUAGCGCAGAGGCCUGUGGGACUGGUGAAUGGUUAGUUAGUGAAGGAGGUGCCCGUGUGAGUCCCGCCAUGGAGGCGCUCAUCCCUGUCAUUAACAAGCUGCAGGAUGUCUUCAACACGGUGGGCUCGGAUGUCAUUCAGUUGCCUCAGAUCGUGGUGGUGGGGACUCAGAGCAGUGGAAAAAGUUCAGUGCUGGAGAGUUUGGUGGGACGGGACCUGCUCCCUAGAGGUACUGGGGUAGUAACAAGAAGACCCCUAAUCCUGCAGUUGGUUCACGUUCCCUCAGACUACGGGCGCAAGACUUCUGCAGAUGAGAAUGACCUCAACGCUUGGAAAAAUCCGAAGCACUUUCCCAAAGGAGUGGAGACCAACGAAUGGGGCAAGUUCCUGCACACAAAGAACAAGAUUUUCACUGAUUUCGAUGAAAUCCGGCAGGAAAUUGAGAGUGAAACAGAGAGGAUUUCUGGGAAUAAUAAAGGUAUCAGCUCGGACCCCAUUCACCUGAAGGUAUUCUCCCCCAAUGUUGUCAACUUAACCCUUGUGGAUUUACCAGGGAUGACAAAGGUACCGGUAGGUGACCAACCCAAAGACAUUGAAAUCCAGAUCCGCGAGCUCAUCCUGAGGUACAUCAGCAAUCCCAACUGCAUUAUUCUGGCAGUCACCGCCGCUAACACCGACAUGGCAACUUCAGAGGCACUAAAGAUUGCACGGGAGAGCGACCCCGAUGGUCGCAGGACUCUCGCUGUCAUAACCAAGCUGGACCUCAUGGACGCAGGGACAGAUGCAAUGGAUGUGCUUCUGGGGAGGGUAAUCCCAGUCAAACUUGGUAUUAUAGGAGUGGUCAACAGGAGCCAGUUGGACAUUAAUAACAAAAAGAUCGUGGCCGACUCUAUCCGGGACGAGUAUGGGUUCCUGCAGAAGAAAUACCCCUCACUGGCGACUAGGAACGGAACCAAAUACCUCGCUCGGACCCUUAACAGGCUGCUGAUGCACCAUAUCCGGGACUGUCUGCCUGAGCUGAAGACCAGAAUAAAUGUCCUGGCGGCUCAAUACCAGUCCCUGUUGAACAGCUACGGGGAACCCGUGGAAGAUCAAAGUUCCACAUUACUGCAGCUCAUUACUAAGUUUGCCACCGAGUAUUGCAACACAAUUGAAGGAAGAGCAAAAUACAUAGAAACCUCUGAACUGUGCGGAGGGGCUCGUAUCUCCUACAUAUUCUAUGAGACGUUUGGAAGGACACUGGAAUCGGUAGACCCUCUGGGUGGCCUCACCACAAUCGAUAUACUUACGGCCAUUAGAAAUGCAACUGGCCCUCGGCCAGCCUUAUUUGUUCCAGAGAUCUCCUUCGAGCUGCUGGUGAAGAGACAGGUGAAACGGCUGGAGGAGCCAAGUUUGCGCUGCGUUGAACUGGUCCAUGAAGAGAUGCAGAGGAUAAUCCAGCACUGCAGCAACUACAGCACACAGGAGCUGCUGAGGUUCCCAAAGCUUCACGAUGCCAUAGUUGAGGUGGUAACGAGUCUCCUGCGGAAGCGACUGCCAGUUACUAAUGAGAUGGUACAUAAUUUGGUGGCCAUUGAACUUGCCUACAUCAACACAAAACAUCCAGACUUUGCAGAUGCCUGCGGGGUGAUGAACAACAAUAUAGAAGAACAGCGGCGGAACAGAAUAGCUCGGGAUGUGCCUCCACCAGCAGCGUCCAGGGAUAAGACGGCCCCUUCGGGCAGCACAGGGGAUGGUGUUCCUGAUGCUGGGACUGGGAACUGGAGGGGAAUGCUGAAAGCCAGGGGAGAGGAGGCUCCUGUCGAGGAGAGGAACAAGGCUCCUCCCACCGUCCCUGUCAGCCCACUUCGGGGCCACGCUGUAAAUCUGCUGGAUGUGUCUGUGCCCGUUGCCAGGAAGCUUUCGGCCCGCGAGCAGCGCGACUGCGAAGUCAUCGAGCGACUCAUCAAAUCCUACUUUCUUAUUGUCAGGAAGAACAUCCAGGACAGUGUGCCAAAAGCUGUAAUGCAUUUUCUGGUGAACCACGUGAAGGACACGUUACAGAGUGAACUCGUGGGCCAACUCUACAAAUCUCUGCUGCUUGAAGAUCUUCUGACAGAGUCCGAGGACAUAGCCCAGCGCAGGAACGAGGCGGCCGAUAUGUUAAAGGCAUUACAGAGAGCCAGUCAGAUCAUUGCGGAAAUCCGGGAAACGCACCUCUGGUGAAGGGGUGACCUGCCAAUAUAUAGACCUGGGGGGGGGGAGCCCCUGAACUUGAAUAAACUGCUGGACUAAGAAGAGAGUGGCGGUCGGUGUAUAAAUGAUAGAAUUUUAUUUAUAAAACCUAUAACCAUAUACAGUAUGGGGGAGGGGCUGCUGUAUUAACAAGUGAUAUGAUACAGCCAUGAAAUAAAUCUUACAGCCAAUCCUGAUUUCCUGUUGUGAUCAUGUGACUCAACACAGCAUGCUGGGACAUUAGGAGUCCGAGGGGGUGUGGGUGGGUGUCUGUACAAAAGCAACACAAAAUUAACAUCUGGUUAUUUGAUUGGUUCUCCCGUGUAGCCAUGAGAGUCAUGUGAUCACCUAACGAGCCGCCAUAUUGUAGUGUGAGCUCCUCUAGUGGAGAAACGCUGUACUGUUUAUGUCUCUGCAAAAAGGAAACCCAGGAAGAAGCUGUAGUUACCCUUUAAUGUAGAUUUCAGCAAAAUAGACUUUGUUGUUGUAUAAAACAGCAGGGAUGGGGGGGGCAGUUGUAUUACCCACAAUGCACUUCACCUGUGGUUCCCCAACAACUUGCCUGGUGUGUUUGUUGCAGUAGAAGCUGCAGGGAAAAGUCUCCUUGUCACUUGUCUGUCGCAUGUCUGUGUCUCAAGUCCUACAGGGGAGUCUCUGGUACUGAAACAUAUCUGAGCUUGUGUGCGACCCCAGGGCCUCUUCCUUUCAAUGCUGUAUGGGGGGUAUAGUCCUGAUGUACCAACAUGUCUGUAGUUAUCAUUGUAAAUAAAUGUGUCCAGCAGAAACGUCA